AUGUCAGCCGAUGACCAACAAUUCCUCGACGUUCUGUCGUCGAUACCCAACCACGUCAAAAAAUACUCGUCUGAAGUCGCAGAUGUGAUCGACCGCCAUGUCGACAAGCUCGCAGAGCAGUUCCGGGAGACACUGUCAUCCCAGGACUGGAUACCAGACGCUGUCCGCCCGCGCGGCAGACCUCCACCACCCCCGGCAACCAUAUCAUCGUCAGUAUACGACAGAGCUCAGGACUGGGUCUCAAGACACAAGCUGCUGACGGGCCUUGUGGUCCUGACCACGGGCGUGAUCGUGUACCGAGGCUACAAGAAGGGAAAGUCCAGUCGGAAGACGCGGAGGGCCAAGCGCGCACGGAACGGUGGCCGGCUUGAGGUCGUGGUCAUUGCUGGCGACCCGAAGCUGCCCCUCACAAGAUCGCUUUCGUUGGAUAUGGAGAGACGCGGGUUUAUUGUGUACAUUGCCUGUAAUACCUUGGAUGAUGAAGCUACGGUUCAAAACCUGUCGAGACCAGACAUUCGGCCGUUGGGAAUAGAUAUCACCGAUCCUCCCAGCGCUGGCGCUUCCAUCGAACGCUUCGCACAAUACCUAUCUCUAACUCACGCCGCUGUUCCGGGCGCAAAGCAGAACUACCUCACCCUCAGAUCCGUCAUUCUCAUCCCCUCUCUAAACUAUCAGACGUCGCCAAUAGCAACGAUUCCACCGUCCAGUUUCGCGGAUCUUUUCAACACACACCUUCUCCACCCCAUUCUCACCAUUCAAGCAUUCCUUCCACUCUUAACCGCCAGGCUCAACUCCUCUUCGAGUGCCGAGAAGACGCCCCCGAAAGUCCUCGUCUUCACUCCCUCCAUCAUGUCGUCCAUAAACCCACCCUUCCAUGCCCCUGAGGCAACAGUCUGCUCUGCCCUAUCAGCUUUCACCGAGGUCCUGGCCGGCGAGCUCAGACCGUUAUCCAUACCGGUAACGCACGUACAGCUGGGCACAUUCGAUUUCUCAGGCUUCACACCAGCAUCUCUUCGCUCCCAACAACCCAGCGGCCUCCUCACCGCCCCACCGGCGGAGACGCUCACCUGGCCCGACGCUGCGAGGAAGACAUAUGGGCGAAAUUUCGUCAACACUUCUACCUCGGCAAUCUCGGCCGGUCGGGUCCGCGGCAUGAGAGGAUCCUCACUCAGAGACUUGCACAACGCCGUAUUUGAUGUUAUCGAUGGUUCGAAUACCAGCGGCGUGGUACGGGUGGGCCUGGGUGCGGAACUAUACGGCUUUGUUGGGCGGUGGAUACCGCGUACCUUUGUUCAGUGGAUGAUGGGUAUGAGAAGAGUGGAUGAUCUGGCGAGCUGGCAGGGUAGCCAUCAGCCAAGCCCAAAAUUGGGCAGUGAGCAUGGGGAUGGAGAGGGGUCGAGCCGGUUCGGGUCGGACUCUCAGUACAUAAGUGUUAACCAGGAGAGUGCCGACGCAAACAUUUGGAAGGAGGGAUGA